CUCAGGUAACCAGGUACAAUAAAACAGGGAGGGAACACUGAGGAUAAAGUUUGAGUCCGAUCAGACGGUUUUACAGUUGACAACAGGAGGAAGAAGACCAGACUGACCAAAGUCCAGAAGAUGAGUGACUGUGUGGAGGAAGGGGAGGGCGAAGCAGAGUCUCAGUCAUCUGACCGUGGGUCUUUGAAGAGCGACUGGUCCAUUGAUAAACCACCAGAAUUCAGUAAUGAACCUGGGCCCUCAGACACAAAACAGUGGUUCUGCAGACAGUGCAUCACCUCAUACUGGGACCAGUCUGGUCCAUCAGGAGACUCCUCCUGUCCUCAGUGUGGACAAAGAUCCAGACCAGGACCUGUACUGCAGACAGCCAGUCAGACCAGCACUGUACAAACAGAUAGUGGUCUGCAGGAGGUUUUAGAUGAACAUAAGAUCAGUCUGAGGAGGAGAUGUGAACGUGUGACUGAAGGAACUGAUGGAACAGGAAGUAGAACCCUCCUCAACAGGAUCUACACUGAGCUCUACAUCACAGAGGGACAGAGUGAAGAGGUUAAUACCCAACAUGAGGUGAGGCAGCUGGAGACAGCUUCCAAGAAGAAGACCCUCCAUGACGCUCCAAUCAGGUGCCAGGACAUCUUUAAAGCCUUACCUGACCAACAGAGACCCAUCAGAGUGGUUCUGACCAACGGCGUCGCUGGUGUUGGAAAAACCUUCUCAGUGCAGAAGUUCACUCUGGACUGGGCAGAGGGCUUGGAAAACCAAGAUGUCAGUCUGCUGGUUCUGCUUUCGUUCAGGGAGCUGAACCUGAUCAGAGAUGAGCAGUACAGUCUUCUCACGCUGCUCCAUGUUUUCCAUCCAACAUUACAGAAGGUCACAGCAGAGAAGCUGGCUGUCUGUAAAGUUCUGUUCAUCUUUGACGGCCUGGAUGAAAGCAGACUAUCACUGGAUUUCGACACACAGCAAGGUUGUUUCUGACGUCACACAGAAGUC